AUGGCGAUUUCAGGGUCGGAGUCUCAACUGCCUCCUCUGAAAGUGGUGGUUCCGUCGACGGAAGCGGAGUUCGUGAAAUGCGACUCGUGUGGAUUCACGGAGGAAUGCACGCCGGAGUACAUAUCCCGUGUUCGUGAGAAGUACCACGGGCUGUGGAUAUGCGGACUCUGCGUGGAGGCGGUGAAGGACGAAGUCAUGAGAUCAGAGAGGGUCAUCACCACCGAGGAGGCGCUGAACCGCCACAUCAGUUUCUGCAAAGACUUCAGAUCUUUCAGUCCACCAAAUGCAACGGAGCAUCCUAUCUCCGCCAUAGGCCGCCUUUUCCGCCGGAGCUUGGACUCGCCGAGAUCUCUCCCGUCCACUCCCUCUGGCGAAGUAGAUGUACCGCCGGAAAGCUGUUUCAUUGAGUGACAAUGCCCCGGAUUCCAAGGUAACAAUCAUCGCUGCAAAAUUUUGCAAGCACUAAUUUAAGCCUCUAUUGCUAUAUAUAUACUGUAUGUGAUAUACGAAGUAACAAUAAACCUACUAGUGUUGGGAGAUCUUGUAUAUAUAAAUACAUAUAUAUUUAAAAGAAUUUCGAAAUUUUAGGUUCCAA